UUCCCCCUCUCCCCCACCCCACCCCACCAAGAAUGGGGCCGGUGCUCCUUCGACGUGGAGGCUGCCUCCUACUCUGGAUGGCACUGCUCCUGGGAUGUUGGGCUGAGCUUGGCAGUGGCUUGGAGUUCCCAGGAGCAGAGGGCCAAUGGACUCGCUUCCCAAAAUGGAAUGCCUGCUGUGAGAGCGAGAUGAGCUUUAACAUGAAAACCCGCAGUUCCAGUGGUCUGGUCCUUUACUUUGAUGAUGAGGGCUUCUGCGACUUCUUGGAGUUAAUUCUGACACAAGGUGGGCGGCUCCAGCUAAGUUUCUCCAUCUUCUGUGCUGAGCCUGCCAUCUUACUCUCUGACAUGGCUGUCAAUGACAACCUGUGGCACACUGUGAUCAUUCGCCGCAAUUUUAAGAAUACAACACUACUAAUUGAUCAGGCUGAGGCUAAAUGGGUAGAAGUGAAAUCUAAGCGGCGGGACAUGACGGUCUUUAGUGGUCUCUUUCUAGGAGGAUUGCCUCCAGAGUUGCGUUCACCUACCCUAAAAGUAACACUCUCCUCAGUGAAGGAUAGGGAACCCUUCAAAGGAUGGAUAACAGAUGUAAGAGUCAAUUAUACACAGUCUUCACCUGUGGAGAGUCAAGAAGUACGUCUGGAUGAUGAACAGAGCCACUUAUGUGCUAGAGAUGUUUGCCUCAAUGGUGGUGUAUGCUCUGUGCUCAACAAUCAGGCGGUGUGUGACUGCUCCCAUACUGGUUUCCAUGGGAAGGAUUGCAGUGAAGGUAAGAAUCUGUUCUGCCCUUUCCCAGUCAGCCUGUCUCUCAAUGAAAGAGGAGGUCAAGAGAUGGAGACUGCAUGGCUUUUCCUCCAUAGGAGUGAAUCUUGCAGCUGUGCUUUCCCCUCAUUCAUCUCACAUUUGAAUCUUUUGUCAAAUAUUCCAACCCUGUUCUUCCAUCUCUUUGAAUUAUGA